AUGGCCCAAUCAACGGCAACGGGAAUCUCCCUCCAAGACCUAAACAGAACCGGUCUCGAAGAAAGACCCAGAGCAGCCAACCAUGACCUCUCCGCGACCCCUUCAGAAACAGAUAUCAUGCAACAAUCCCUACUAGCCGACUCUCAGGUCCCCGACGGUGGCGAAGCCUGGGUUGUGAUAUCCGGCUGCGCAGUGGUCACAUGGUGGUUCAUUGGAACCAGCUACUGCUGGGGAAUCCUCCAAGCAGCACUAGUAAAAGAGGGCGUUUCAUCAUCGUCAACGCUGGCAUUUGUCGGGUCCCUUGCUACAGCAUGUAUUUCUUUCCUGGGAAUCCUGAAUGCGCGUAUAAUUCGAAAAUUGGGAACGAGAGUAUCUGCCAUGGCGGGUGUUUUCUUUCUUGGGUUGGGGGAGGUGUUGAGCGGGUUUUCGGCGAUGAGUAUCGGGGGAUUGUUUGCUACGGCUGGAGUUGUGAUGGGGAUUGGAAUUAGUCUCUGUUUCAUGGUUGUGUCCGUUACGCCGGCGCAGUACUUCCGCAAGAAGCGCGGGAUUGCCAAUGGCAUUGUCUAUGCGGCGGGUGGACUGGGUGGUGCUGUGAUCAGUUUUGUGAUGAAUGCACUGCUUGACCGCGUCGGCGUGCAAUGGACGUUCCGCAUCAUCGGAUUUGCGACCUGGGGCACCGGUUUGCCGGCUGCAUAUCUGAUCAAGCAGCGGGUUCCUAUUCCACCUUCAGCGAUUGUGGACUGGCGUUUAUUCCGUGACAUCCGCUUCGUGCUUCUCUUCGCAAUGGGCGCUAUUGCGACAUUCCCCCUCUUAGUCCCACCGUUCUUCUUGCCACUUUUCACUGCCUCGCUGGGGAUGUCGUCCGGUACAGGAGCGGGUAUCGUGGCGGCGUUCAAUUUCUCUUCAGCUCUGGGCAGAUUGCUAUGUGGGCUUUGCAGUGAUUUCGUCGGGCCGCUAAACACGCUGUUUAUUUCCCUUCUGCUGAGCGCACUGAGUAUGCUUAUUAUUUGGCCUAUUUCGACUUCUUUGGGUCCUUUGAUUGUAUUUGUCAUUGUGAACGGCAUGGCUAAUGGUGGGUUCUUUUCUACUAUGCCUACUGUCGUUGGUAAUACGUUUGGAUCGGCAAGAGUGUCUGUUGUUAUGGGGAUGGUUGUCACUGGCUGGGCUGGAGGGUAUUUGCUGGGCGCACCGAUCGCCGGAUUUAUCCUCGAUGCCGCUGGUGGCGAGAAAAGUGGAAUCACUGGUUAUCGUCCAGCUAUCUUAUAUGCCGGUUCGAUGACUGUCGUUGCCGCUUUGAUUGGACUGUCUAUCCGGUUGAAGACCGACAAGCAUUUGCUUAAGAGGCUCUAA